CAUCAAAUGCAGUUGUUGCUGCUGCAGCAGCAGCGGCUGCCGCCGCUACUUUAACAACUUCGCUACCACGUUUAUCGGCUAAAACCACAAAUCUGGGUACGGUUACAAGACCAAGACCACAACCUAUAGCGGGUACACCACCACCGGAUCCAAAUGAAAAAUGUGACACAAAGAUAAUUCAGCAAACAUGCAGUCUCUUUGGAUUAGAUUUGGAACGUCCACCACCGGUACCACCGUCACGCAACUACACCGUUACCGGCAAUACAAAACUAUGUUUUCCACAAAAUCGUAUUAUGAAAAUGAAUUUCCCUGAGGACACGAUUACAAAUCCGCCCACCGAACAAUUGAAAAAAGGUGAAAGUGUAACGGUUGUUGGUGCCUCAACAUGUCGUGGUCAUUUGAUAGUCGAGCACAAAGGACAAAAUUUUCAUGUACCCUUUCAAUAUAUGGAAUUGGUUAGAGGACAUCAUCAGCAACAACAGCAACAACAACAACAUCAUCACUCCCAUCAUCAAACUGCUAAUGUCACUAAUACGAAUGCAAAUACACAGCAAAAUGCGAAUAAUGUUGUCAACUGCAACAGCAACAAUAAUAACAAUGGAAACAACAACAAUUUGGCCAAUAAUAACAAUGUUAACAGUGGCAACAACAAUAACAAUGGUGGUGGUGGUGGUGCUAACAAUGGUAAUAAUGUUGCAACAAGUGCAGCUGUCAAAAUAUAAUGUUGAUGGACAAUGGACAAUUGUAACAGCAACAACAACAACAGUAAUGAAAUCAACAACAUUUUAUGACAAUGAGUAUUUGCAAAUGUAUGAAAGUAUUAGAAAUGAGGGCAAAGAGGAUUUGAAGAGAAUGUUCUAGCUUGACAGAACAUGAAUAUUGUUUUGUUUUGUUGUAUGUUUGAGUGCCUAUGUAGACUCUAUAUAGAUAUCUGACCUGGUCAACAGUGGAAGAUGUUACUAAAGAAAUUGCUAUUAAAUAAUAGUUACCGACAAGAUAGUAGAUCCUUUAAGAGAAAUUUCGAUUAUGAAUUUCAAUUUUGUUAAACACAAAUAGAUCGAUAUUAUUUUAACUGAGUUAUAUCGAAAUUGAUCCAAUCUGACGUAAAUGAAAUCUGGAUUUCCUUCUGUGACACUAUAUAAUCUUAUUUUCCAAAUUUAGUAACUAUAUUUUUUAAAAUUUAUAACCACUGUCAACUAGUAUUGUGUUUCAUCUGAUGAUUAAACAAAUACUUACGCACCUAAUCCAUGUUGCACCUACAAACUC